GAAAGCUGAAAUAUAGUAUAGGGAAGGGCAGAAAGCAAAGAAAAGCAUGAUAAAAAGCUUGUGAGGUGAACAGUCAAAAAGUUAGAGGAAGGCAUCACCGACACGAGAUCUGAGGUUUUGCUCAAUCAAUUUCAUUCAGCAUCAUUAGUCAUUUCAACGGGGAGAUGAUGAGUCACGCGAAUUACACGGAGAAUGACGUUCGGUUGAUUAGGGAAAUCGAAGGAAAGAGCGACUACUACGCGAUUCUUGGAUUGGAGAAGAGCUGCUCCGUCGAAGAGAUUCGGAAAGCGUAUCGGGAGCUCUCGCUGAAGGUUCAUCCCGAAAAGAACAAAGCGCGGGGCUCACAAGACGCGUUCAAUAAAAUCUCGGAGGCUUACAAGAGUUUGAAGGAUGCCCAUUCUAGAAGCACGCAUGACCAGACCAACGGGCCGAGGCAGAGGAGGACCAGUCCUCCUCCUCGGCCCAACAGUCCUCCUCCUCGGCCCAACAGUCCUCCUCCUCGGCCCAGCGGCAUGGAGAAUCCCAAAAGGAGUCAGGUUAACGAUUUUGUGCUUCUGGUUCUGCUUCUGCCGCUGUUGAUGGUUAUUCUGGUGGCGUGCUCGCCGUUUCUGAGCAGAGUAUUCCUUGCUCUGAUUUAAAACUCUAAUUAUCUAAUUCGGUAUUGAAAUUAAGGUUUAAAUAGCGGGGUUGGUUU